AUGGCAACCACAAUAUCGAGCCUACGAGGCUCCCUACACCGCAGCCUCGCGAGGCACCUUCUCCCCGCCGCCCUGGGGCCGCAACCACUCCCCACACCACUACCCCUCUCCCGCAGACCAACAGCAACACUCCCGACCCCUCCUCCCCCAGCGUCGCGCCCCUUCCACGCGCACGCGCCCCUGCGCAACAUGAAGCCUCCCAAGAAGGGCGGCGGCGGCAAGUCCGAGGCGGCCAAGACGGCCAAGGCGGCGCUCGCGGCGCAAAAGGCGCGCGUGGCGGCGCGGCGCGACAAGGCCGCCGCGGGCGCCAACCAGGCGGACCCCAAGCUCCUCGCGUUCCGGCGCGUGGUGCUGCAGCGCGAGGCCCGCACCCGCUGCCUCAUGCGUCAGUGGCAGUCGAUGCGGGCCGCGUGCGAGGAGCUGCGCCUCACGGCAGGGCCGGGGGCCCGCGACGAGGGUUAUCUGUACCGCGUCGCCAUGGAGAAGAAGGGCGUCUACGGCCACAACGGCGUCCCCAUCGAGUACGCCAGGCCCCAGACCGAGACGCCCCCGAGGCAGCCCUGGAACCACGACUGGAAGAGGUGA